CACUCGCUCGUUGCCCAAACACCAGAAAUCUGGUCUGUAAAAAGACAAAAUUAAAAUUCGUAUUAUUGCAUUCAAAAAGCAAGCCUGUGAGUUUAAAAACUGUCGGAAUAUGAAGAGUCAUAGAUAAAUGGUCAUGGAAUAGUGAAAGCAAGUAGCUGGAUUGUGUUUAAAGCCAUAAAUAGAAGUUUUAUAUUUUGGGUGUGUUAAAAGUGAAAAAAAUAUUACUUCUGAAAAGAAUUGUGAAAGAAAGCAAAGCCAUCAUUUAUUCCAUAAAUUAAAAUAGUAGUGAUCUAUUUAGAAUCGAGGAACAUCGGCAGUGAAUAGUUUUUAGUCUAAUCAGUACACAAAGUUAUUACGCAAAUGAUUCUAAAAGUUAAUUUUUAAAGCUUCCCACAACAACAAAAGUUUUUCUCUUCCCUCCUCGCGAUUUGUGUAUCUGCGUAUCAAGCGAUAGUGGAAAAAAUUGUUUUGUAAAAAAAAACAUCAUGCAAACUUUUGAGAAAUCUCGUAUUAAUCAACUUCUUCACUCAAUCCCUCACAUAAAUGUUUCAUUGCAUUUGGUCAAUAGUACCUUUAAUCCCAACAGCGAUGUAUACAUUGAGAGUCUUACAAUUCUUGCAUCGAUCCCAGCAGCCAUUCUCAUUUUAUCAUUAUUCUUCUUGCUUCUUUAUUUAAUGACACGAUGUUGUGAUCGUAAAUCGAAGAAGCAAAGAACGUUUGGAUGCCAAAAAUGUACACUAAUAUUCAUAACAAUUCUUUGUUGUGGAGCAAUUGGCGGUGGCUUGUAUGGCAAUGAUGACCUGCAUAAUGGAUUAGUUCAAGUUUUUAAUGCUGGCAAACAAUUGAAUCGUCUUUUCAUUAACGUGAGGAAUCAGACGAACUACGUGUCGAAGACUUUAAAGGACAAAACUUUGACAUUGGACAUUGAUGAUUUGUGGGAUUUGCCGGUGUCAAACUCAACUGCACUUACGUUGAUGAUGGACACGGCAAAAAUGGUGACGACACAUACGAUGGAAGCUGUUAAUGGAAUCGACACCGCUCUCUACUUCAUUCGACCGAAUCAGUCUGAUUUGUUGCUCAAAGAACUAAACGAUGAAUAUGAGUUUUAUGAGUUAUUACGAUGGCCAACAACUUUAGGAUUCUUAACAUUCCUUUUGUUCUUAUGCACGGUCUUGGUUAUUGGCGUUGCAAGAAACUCGCGAUGUUUACUCAUCUUCUUCGCUGUUCUUGGACUCUUCACAGUUGCCAUUUGUUGGCUACUGUCAGGAGUUUAUCUCGGCACAUCUGUAGCAAUAGCUGACUUUUGUGAUGCACCACAUCAACACAUUUGCUCGCAACAACGAUUGCAAUACAUUUUUCAAACGAAUUGUGGUGCUUCGGGAACAAAUCACUUUGUUAUUCGUUUGACAAAUUCAAAGGAAAAUAUUGACGAAGCUAAAAGAAAUCUUCGUAUGAUGGAAGAUAUGGGAAGAAGAGUCUUCCCAACACAAAAUAUUGCACUUAGAGUUGCACACAUCCAUCAAGUGCUUGAUUCCAGUAUCAAUUCACUUUCAAAUCUGACAGAAUUGCUUGAUAGUCGUGCAAUUCAUGCACAUUACUCAAGCGCUUCCCGAAGCUUCUGUCAUGGUGGAUUAUUUGGAUUAGCAUUGAUGAUGGUCGCGACUGUUGCAACAGCUUUUCUCUUAACAAUUCUCGUCUGUGUUGAUUCACAUACUUGGAUUUAUUUGACGAAAAGACGUCCAUAUCAAGACAAAGCAGAAACAGUUCCACUCUUUCCAGCAUCUUCAUCAAUGUCACCAACAGCUCCAAUCACCAGUGGAACGUCAACAAUUAAUCGAACACUUUUGCAUUCGCAACAAUUUACAGCUCAUGGCGGCGGUGCACAUGGAGCACGCAAUGGAAAUGCUCGAGGGUUGGCAAAUCAAUCACUAAAUAGUGGCGACUCUCCGCCACCCACAUAUGAUGUCGUUGUGCAUGACAUUUCGUUACAAAGGCAUGGCUUCUUUUAUUAUAAGUUUUUUUUUAUGAUUUUCCACUCUUUUUUCCGAAGUCUUUCCCUUCUAAAAUGGUUAAUGCGCAAAUUUUAUGUCCAUAGUUUUAGUCUUGGUCUGGGAAAUGUUAUGUUGUCGUUAUUGAAACGACAGGACAAAGACGAAUGCGAUAAAGAUCCAAGAGACGUUUCAGGCAAUAAUUUCAAUCGUUUUGAUCCAAAAUAUGUCAGUAUUGGGCCGAAGAAUCUCCGCAAUAACCUUUCAACAAAUCCAAAUAAAUGUGCAACUUUAAAACACGGUGGAAGAUUUGGAGGGUCGCUCAGUCCAAAUCCUAAGAAUAUUGCUCAACCUGUCAUCCAACCACCACCCCCACAACCUCAACAUUUUCAACUACAACAACAUCACCUUCAAAAACCGAAUAAUCAACAACUUGAAGUUCAAACUUAUCAAUUACAGCAACAGCAGCAGCAACAAACUUAUCAACAACAAGCAAAUGAAUUACAACAAAGUUAUAAUGUUGCGACAGUGUCACGCGAUUAUACCCAACAAUAUCCACCCACAACUCUCCCUUAUAAGAAACCAGGAACUGGAUUUACUGAAACGUCAAGUAUUUUGAAGAAACAUCGCGAAGAAGUUCAUGAAAUGGCAAAACCAUCCGUCUUUAGUAUCGAAACAUCGCAUCGCCAACCUUCUGAAUCGCGACAGUCAAAAUCAAUUUCCAUUAUUAAUCAACCGCUGCCAGAAAUUCCGAAACAAGCUCAAAUUAAUAAUCCACAAGUUCUCUCUGCUGCCAAUCUCAAUAAUUAUCGUUCAUUGCAACGUCCACAAUCGUCGACAUCAAAGUCAAGUUAUCCUAGUUCAACAAUGCAGAGAAGUCGAGAGUCAAGACCAUCUGUACCAGUGAAAGCUUUAGCGCCACCAAUUCUACCACCAAAGAAUCGACAACAGAUGAGAAAUUCACAGCAACAGAUGCAACAGCAAAAACCUUCCAGUCAUAGCUAUAAUCAACAAUAUCAGAUGCAACAACAGCAACAGAAUUAUCCAUCAAGAAGUUAUGAACGUGAAAGAUCAAGAGAAAGAAGUAGUGGACGGUCUUUUGAUGAUAGUCAUCAAUAUCGAUCAUCAUCGUCAAAGCAAAUGCAACAACAGCAACAUCCGAACUUCCAGACGUUGCCACAUCAUCAUCAUCAUCCCACGCCGUCGUACACAACGCAAGGAACGAACACAAGAAGCAAUAGAAAGGCGGAUUCAAGUAAGUCACUACAAAGAAGUUCACGUGAUGCAUCACACCCAAGAUUUGAAAAUUAUUCAGCGACUGAGCUUUAACUACUAAAGAUCUUGUUGUCUUACAUGUAUAACUUCGAAAAAGAAUAGCGAAGAAGAAAGCAUCGUCGGAAAUAAUCCGCGAUGCAUAAACCUAACUUUAACUUUUCCCUCUACUGACGAAAUAUGAUCUCAUAACUUCUUUCUCUUUUCCUUCUUCAUUUAUUCCCUUUCAAAUAUUUUGUUUCAUUUCAAAGAUGAUAACAAAAUGAAAUCAAAAUUGAAAAAAUUAUCCCAUUCUCGUCUCCCGUUAGUGAAUAAAUAAAUAAAUACGAAAAUGGAAUUUAAAAAUAAAAAAAGAAAAGUAAAAUUAAAACUCAAUACGUAGAUUAUAAAUUUAUUGAAGUUAAGUAAGAGUUCAGAUUGCGAUUUGAGAAGCAAGACGAGCCUUAGAGUAGACAAAAAAGAAAAAGAAAACAGAUGAAAGUAAUGUUUCUCGUCAAUUUUUAUCCACCCACACACAUAAAAUAAACUUGAAAGUUGAGCAUUUUAUUAGAUUGCAGAUGAAAUAAGUGAAAGAAAAUAUUGAAAUUAAGAAAUGAAAAUGAAGAAAAAAAUGUUAAAUAAUUAUUCGUUUUAUUUGUAAUGAAAUAAAAUAAUGAAUGAAGAAAUGAUGAUUACAAAGUAUCGAAAGAUUAAUAAGAGUGAUUAUGGAAUUUAAGUUUAACUAUUUAAUUAAGAAUGUUCUUGCUCUUGAAUAAGUAAAGAAAAAAAUGAAUGUUUGAAGAGAGCAUAAAUGAAUCUGAUUAAAACUUCUUGAAACAUACAAAUUCACAAUGAGCAAGGAUUUGCUUUUAAAAAUGUUCUUAUCUAGUUAAGAAUUCUACAAAGCGAACAUUUAAAUAAAAGAAAUUUUCUGAUCAGGGAUCUUAUCUACAAACAUUUAAAUUGUCAUCGUUCAUUGCAACUUGCAAGAUAUCUACAUAGAAAGAGAUAUAAACAUUUAAAAGAUAUUAAAAGUAGAAAUGCACAGAAUUGUAUUAUAAGUUUAAAUGAGUCGUACUAACGAGAGAAAAAGCAACAUCAAAAAAAUUUUAAAAAUGCCAUGGAAGUUUAAGAUUUUCAGUCUUCUAAAAAGUAUUUCGAACUCAUUAUUUACAAAAUUCAUAAUUAUUACUCGACUAUAAAUUUGACUUCAGAUUUUUAUACAAAUAUUUUGUAAUUUGAGAAGAAAAAAGAUUCUCCAGUGAUUUGACACAUGAAAGAAACACAAUUUAGUUAAGUUAUGGAAAUAUUAAAAUACAAUGAUUUGUGAGAUCGAGAAAAUUGGAAUUAGUUCUGGUGGAUGUCAAUACAUAAUGAAUUCGUUGUAUUCAACAAACCAAAGAAAUGAUUUCUCAAUGCAAUGUCACGUUGUUUAUGCUACAAAAGAUUUUAUUGCUUUUCUUAGAACUUUUGACUUUCUAGACCGUAAAAAUAUUGAGACUUAUUUCUCUUCAUUUCGCGUGAAUCAGAUUUGAAAAAAGAUGAAGACGAAAAUCUAAGAAUUACAUUGAAAGUGUGCCAUAAUGAAGAAAUCUUAUAAUGAGAAUAUCUUUUUGUAGAUAUUUAACUUAAAUAGUAAAUUGUAAAUAGAAUGUAAUCAAUUCUAAGAUUGGGACGUGUUUAUAUUCCAAAAGACAAUGAUGUCUCCACCUACCCACAAUCUAUUUUACACGACUAUCUUGAAAGCCUCUUACAUGAAUAUUUGCUACAUUACAUUUCCCUAUUUUUACCUUUUAAAGACUUUUUAAUGAAAAUUAAUGAUCUACCUAUGAAAAACAUAAAAACUUUUUACUUUUAAUUUCCUUGACUGCGUUUUCCUUCUACAUUGAAAAAACGGCGACGAAUGCGAAAGAAACAUUAAGAAAGCAUAAUAAUAUUAAAAGUAAUUCUUUAAAGUAUUCCUUAAACUUUCCCGAAGAUAUUUAAUAACGACUAUCGAUAGUUUAGAUGAAUUUUAAAAUGAAAAACUUUUUUUAAAACAAAAUUUAAUAUGUAAGCUGGUAAGAAAACCAAAUUUGAAGACUAAUAAUUUGGCUAGAAUUUAUUUCACAAAUUUAACAACUCACAUUCAUUAAUUAAAUCACAGAUUAAGGAAAAAAGUAAAAGAAAUGAAUUAAAUCUGUAAGAUUCUAAGAAGACAAACAAGUUUUCAUACUAUUUAAGAAUUGAAGAUCAAACUAAAUAUUUAAAGCAUAAAGAUGAAAAAAAGAUUAAUUGUUGAAAUAAAAUCUAAACUUGAUAAGAUUGUAGAUCAAGAACUGCAUGUAUAGGUAAAACGUUAUACUUACAUGCAUUUAGUUGCAUCAAAUAAAGUUUAAAAAUUUUAUCAUUUUAUUAUGUAAAUAUCUACACUAAAGGAAUUCUGUUUAGCUUAAGUUUUCUUACCUCUUCCUUCUUCUUAAUGCUUUAAUCAUUUGUCAUAUUUUAAUAAACCUAAAUGGAUAUUUCUUUUGAAACAUGAAGAGAAAUUUGGAUAAAUCAGUUGAUUUUCUUAUCUAAACAUAAAAUUGGAUAAAAAUCUAAUAGAAGGUUAAUAAAUUAGAUGAAAACAAAAAUCGAGAGAUUGUUUCUUUGUUUGUAAAGAAUAUUGGAAGGAAAAAAUAAAGCUAAAAAUAU